AUGGAGGGAGCCGAUCGUGCGUACACAUCCACGUUCAGGCAAAGAAUGGACGAUAUUCUUCACACCAAUGUUGAAUCAGCACAUGAUGGCAGCACCCCAUGCACCUCGCAGCACAACUCACCUGAACCUGGACUAGGACCCCAGGAUUCUGCAUCACAAGUCAGAGGACCCACAUCCCCGACACCAUCACUCUUACCUGCCUAUGUUCCUCCCACCUGGGAGUUUGAAGGGCAUCAAUUUGAGCAUCUAGAAGAUGCACUUAGACAGUCCGCUCCCAGUGAAGUCCCGGAUCACAUCUGUGAAUGGGUAAUCAUCGCGAUGAAGCUCAUGGUCAGCACCAAAGUUGCCAAGGUCUACAAUGUGCUCAGCAACAAAAUGUACGAACACAAGAGGGCCUUCGAAUCGUUGAUCCAGAACAACAAGAACGAGCACCAGUUAAAGGAGGCAGUCCUCCAAACGGAAAAUGGGAAGCUCAAGGACAGGAUCAACAUGCAAGAUGCCCACAUAACGGUGCUCAACGAUGAGCUCUCAGGUACACAAGCGGCAAUGUUGAACAUUGGAAAAGAGAUGAUGGAAAUCAAGUCAGCUAACACAAAGCUGCGACAUGAGCUAGCUUCGCUCAAAGCAAGCAGCAUCACUGUGACACAAGGUCAAACAUCUGAGACGGUCCAAUCGCACAAGCCACGCAUCAAAAUUGCUGAGCCUCCACACUACUCGGGGAAAGGAAGUCUGGAAGACUGGCUCCAACAACUCGAUUACCACAGCCUUGCGGAAGGUGGCGCAUUCACAUACAUGUCCGAAUACACGAUCAGGGCAGCGGCACGACAAGCACUUGGCACAUGGGAAGACUUCGUCAACAUUCUCAAAGUAAACUACAGGACCCUCGACCUGGACAAGGAUGUGCAGCAGCAUUUGAAGGAGAUCUGCAGUAAGACAUAUCCCACAAUGGGCACACUGCACUCAUCGGUUACAUUGCUGAACAUCGAAGCAAGGACUCUAGGAAUUGCUGACCCCAUCACAUGGCCGGAAUACCUCAACCUAUGCCUUCAAUUGGAGUCCAAGUUCAGAGCCGACAAGGCAGGACAAUGCGGAACGGUUACAACAACAUCAUCGGCACCACAAGCCCUAAAGGACCCUAACGCAAUGGUUGUGGAUCGAGUAUCCACACUUACCAAGGAGCAAGAAGGAUGGCUGGAAAAGAAGCUGUGCGCACGAUGCGGGAAACACCUCUUCAUUUUUAAACAGCGAUGCCCAGACCCCAAGUACAAGGGCAAAUUUGAAAUGCCAAAGCGGGGUCAAGCAACCAGGGCAAUAUCGACAGCAACAUCAUCCAUCAGCUCCGAUGACAGCAAGGCGAGGAAAAAAGCAGUCCGUGCUUUCAUCGCCAGCUACGAUGCAAAGGGAAAGGACAAGGAGGCAGAACUGGAACCAGCCGUCGAAGCAGCUAGGAUCACGGAGGUAGAAGACGAUGAGGAUUUUCUUCGGCGGGUUCUCUGA